AUGGGCAAGAUCACGUUUUACGAGGACAGGAACUUCCAGGGGCGUAACUAUGAGUGCAGCAGCGAGUGUUCAGACCUGCACUCUCACUUCAGCCGCUGUAACUCCAUCAGGGUCGACUCCGGAGCCUGGAUGGUUUACGAGCGCCCCAACUACAGCGGGUACCAGUACUACCUGCGCCGAGGGGAGUACCCCGACUACCAGAGGUGGAUGGGCUUCAACGACUGCGUGCGCUCCUGCAGAAUGAUCCCCAGCCACCAGGGCUCUCACCGGAUGCAGAUCUACGAGCGUCCUGAGUUCGGGGGGCAGAUGAUGGAGCUGACGGACGACUGCCCCUCCCUCUACGACCGCUUCCACUUCAACGACAUCCACUCGUGCACCGUGAACGAGGGCCACUGGAUCUUCUACGAGCAGCCGCACUACAGGGGGCGCCAGUACCUCAUGGGCCCGGGCCAGUACCGCCGCUUCAACGAGUGGGGAGGCGUCAGUCCCAGGGUCGGGUCCAUACGCAGGAUCAUGUGA